AAAAAUUGCUGGUUUCAGGAUGCUAAGGGUGAUGAUAUCAAUCUGAGUGCAUACAAGGGCAAAGUGCUGCUGAUUGUCAAUGUUGCAUCACAAUGUGGUCUUACCAAUUCCAAUUACACUGAGCUGACACAGUUGUAUCAGAAAUACAAGGAUCAAGGAUUGGAGAUACUAGCAUUUCCAUGCAACCAGUUUGGUUCACAAGAGCCUGGUACUAAUGAAGAAAUUCAGGAAUUCGUCUGCACUCGUUUCAAGGCCGAGUAUCCUGUAUUUGACAAGGUUGACGUGAACGGUUCCAAUGCUGCCCCGAUAUACAAGUUCUUGAAGUCAGCCAAAGGCAGCAUGUUUGGGGACGGUAUCAAGUGGAAUUUCGCCAAGUUCCUUGUUGACAAAGAUGGUCAGGUUGUUGAUCGCUAUGCUCCCACCACAAGUCCUCUAAGCAUAGAGAAGGAUAUCAAGAAGCUCCUGGAGAAAGCAUAGUGUUGCAGCGCAUGUGUUUUUCGACGAGCUAGUAAUAAAUGAUGUGACUGACUAAGAAUACCUCUACCCUUUGAAUUUUCGUCUGUGAUGUUCUGUCUGUAAGCUUUCCAAAUUUUAUGUAUGUAUCUCGUUCUAUAUGAAUAAGCUCAAGGUACUUUGACUUGCUCUA